CUGAUAGUCACAUGAUCAACCACAUGACCUAAACAUGGCGGGGAGUUUGGUCAGACAGGGUACAAUAAUGUGGUGCGAUUUAGUGACCCGCCGAGUUUCUGUGAUUGUUCUGUUGAUGACAGUCGUCGGUUGUCGUGUGUUUGGCUAUGAUUACCCGUUCCAGGACCCGAGUCUGUCCUGGGAGGUCCGUGUUGAUGAUUUAGUGGGUCGUCUGACUAUCGAGGAGAUCCAGGAACAAAUGGCUAGAGGAGGGGCAGGUCCCUCUGGAGGCCCCGCCCCUGCCAUCCCCCGUCUUGGUAUCGGCCCCUACUCCUGGAACACUGAGUGCCUGAGGGGCGACGUGGAUGCAGGGAACGCCACCAGCUUCCCACAGGCCAUUGGGCUGGCUGCCUCAUUCAGUCGUCAACUGGUGUAUGACAUCGCUGAGGCAACAAGCGUGGAGGUGCGAGGGAAGUUCCGUUACUACACGGUCAACAAGCAGUACGGGGAUCACAGAGGUCUCAGCUGCUUCAGCCCCGUCAUCAACAUCGUCCGCGAUCCAAGAUGGGGAAGAAACCAGGAGACAUAUGGUGAAGACCCGUAUUUGUCAGGCGUCAUGGCUGCGAGUUUCGUGACCGGCUUGCAGGGCCCCCACUACCGCUACAUCCGAGCCAGUGCUGGAUGUAAACACUUCGCCGCCUACGACGGUCCAGAGAACAUCCCAUCAUCCAGACUGUCAUUUGAUGCAAUUGUGGCAGAGAGAGAUCUGCGUACAACGUACCUGCCAGCGUUCCGAGCCUGUGUGAAGGCCGGCUCUCGUAGUAUUAUGUGCAGCUACAACAGUGUGAAUGGUGUGCCUGCUUGUGCCAAUGAAUACAUUCUGAAUGAGGUACUUCGGAAACAGUGGAACUUCACUGGGUACGUGGUGAGUGACGAAGGUGCCAUCGAAAAUGUCAUCUGGACACACUUCUACAAGCCUAACCAUGUGGAAGCUGUCGCGGCCUGUGUCAAGGCCGGCUGUAACCUGGAGCUCUCCGGGAAUGACAGGAACAGUGUCUACACUUCUAUCGUGACAGCAAUAAAGGAACACAAAUUGGAUGAAAGCUUGGUCCGAGAACGGGCGAAGCCUCUGUUCUACACCAGAAUGAGGCUAGGCGAGUUCGACCCUCUGACCAUGAAUCCGUAUGCAAGUAUCGACAUGACGUCUAUCCAAGGUGCAGCUCACAGACAGCUGUCUCUAGAUGCUGCCAUGAAGUCAUUUGUCUUGCUGAAAAACACAGGGGGCUUCCUACCAUUCAAGACCAGCGGAUUCGACAACAUUGCUGUGUUAGGACCAAUGGCUGACAACAUCAAGCAGUUGUUUGGCGACUACUCUGCCACUGUGAUGCCGCAGUAUGUGACGUCCCCGCUGGCAGGCCUGCAGAAGUUGGCCACCAACAUCGCCUACACUCCUGGGUGUAACGACAACAAGUGCUCCAAGUACUCGAGUGCGGAGGUCAGGCAGGCAGUCCGCAACAGCCAGGUGGUGUUUGUGUGUGUCGGGACAGGUCAAGUUGUGGAGAGUGAAGGCAAUGACCGACAAGACAUUCAGCUUCCAGGACAACAGCAGAAAUUGGUGCAGGAUGCAGUCCAAUACAGUGAUGCACCGGUGGUUGUGCUGGUGUUCAGUGCUGGGCCGGUCAACAUAACAUGGGCCAUGGAGUCCUCCAAGGUUCUGGCCAUCCUGCAAUGUUUCUUCCCUGCUCAGGAGACGGGUCAGGCACUGAUCAGGGUGUUGACCGCAGACAGUGCCAACUCUGUCCCUGCUGCCAGACUGCCCUACACCUGGCCUAGGUACAGUACAGAGGUUGGCAAGAUGACGGACUACACCAUGCAUGGCAGGACGUACCGCUACUCCCAGACUGAUCCCCUGUUCCCCUUCGGCUACGGCCUGUCCUACACCACCUUCAACUACACCAGUCUCACCUACCCUGCAGUCAUACAGGCCGGGCAGAACCUCACUGGCAGCAUCGUCGUGCACAACACAGGACAGUAUGAUGCUGAUGAGGUGGUGCAAGUCUACAUCUCCUGGGAGAAUGCCACGGUCGUCACUCCGAGGCUACAGCUGGUGGACUUCCACCGAGUCUUCAUCCCCAGUGCCAAGAUGGUGCAGGUGAACUUCACAGUGACAGCGGAGGCCAUGGCAGUGUGGGUGGACAGCAGUCGGGGAUGGGUGAUCGAGCCUGGCAAAAUGGACCUCUAUGUCGGUGGCCAACAACCCAACCAGACGACGUCUGCUGACUCCAAUGUCCUCCAUGGCACCUUCCAGAUAAAGAGCUCUGUAUCACUUGGUGUUUACUGAAUAUUGAAAAAUAGGGACCAGUCAUUUAUAGGCGGGUGUUUGAGGGACCAGUAAUUUAUUGGAGGGUGGUUGAGGGACCAUUUUUUAUCAUGUUUAUAGGAGAGUGGUUGGGCAGAGAGAAUCACUGAAACACAUGCCACAUUCCAGUGGAGGGUGAUCAAAGAAAAUGAUCUACUUUUACAACGUUAACCGGUGAUUUGCGUGAUUUUCAUGAGAGCGGACUGCUCUGGUGUUACUGUAAGGGUCUACAAACCAACAGACAAAUAUUUAAGGAGGAUGACUAUGGUAAUAAUGAAAAAUCAAUCAUUGAUCUCAAUGAUGAAAGACUUGUUGCACAUGUUUAAGACAUUCCAUGUAAAACGCGAGUCCCUUGUGUUACACAUUCUUCUUGGAUGUAAGAUUACAUGUAGCCCGGAUCUUUAGGUGAAUGCCUUAAUCAGGGAGUUAGUUGAACUGCAUCCUUUGAUAACACAUCAGGAACACUGAACACAAGUUUAAUGGCAGCUUUCAAGCUGCUUGAUGGGACAUCCUGGCUGUUCAUUGCUAAUUCAUUUUGAAGCCUUAUUGCAAAUUGGGGUCUGGCUUUUAAACAGCAAGGAGUACAAAAGGAAAGCAACAAAAAGAUUUCGGUAGCUUGUUACAGUGACGUUAGUCAUACGUAAAGUCUGACCAGAAACAUUGAUGAGAACAUUGUAAUAGAUUUAUUAAGUCACAAAACAAGAGAUACGUUGGUCCAACAAACAGUGCUUACCUACAGCUACAAAACAGCAGACGUCAAUAUUUCAUCCUCUUUAGACCACCUCUUUCCUAAUACCGGUACAUGCUUCAAUGCAGCGAGGCAUACUGCCUUUCAAAGAAGUUAGAAAAUCAUGAGUUAUACUGUCCCAGUAUCUCACGAACUCUGCUAUCACCUGUAGUUUUGAUUAAUAUUGGGUUCAGGUCUAGACUGUUGCUGGGCCAUUCCAGGAGUGUAACAUUUUGCUCCUUAGAAUACCCACCUGUCACCACACAAAACUUAGUAUAUCAGUGUAUCAGUGUAAGCUAGUAUGUAAGCAAAUUCUGUUCACAAUAAUUUCGGAGACAUUUUUUCUUUUCUUUUUUAACCAAGACUGUUAUUUUAUUUAGCCUUAUGCAUAAGGACAUAACAUUGUCCUAAUUUACAUGUGUAUGCUCCAAACACCAGUUCAAACGUUCUUGCUGUUCAGGUUUUAGGAGUGGUGAUCGAAUUCCUCAGGAUUUCUGCCAGUCUUUUUCAGGCAAAUGCAUUCUUUAGAAAUAUGACCUGUUCCUCUAUUUCAUGCCUAAAAUAUCUCAUAUUUAUGCAAAGUCACCAACAGUUAAUUUCUUUGGCCUAACUGCUCCUUUUUGUGCUUAAUUCCAUCUCCAUUCUCAAAACAGUUUUGUCUGUUCCCUGUGUGUUGAUUCAAUUCAGAAAUAACUGUUUAGUGGUCUGGUUUGCCAUCUGCAACUUUACUAAUACAUGAAUCAAAGUCAGAAUAGGUUCCACAUGAUAAAUUCUGGUCAAACUAUAUCCAAAUUGCUGAAACUUUGCUGUUAUUUUGUGGGCUGAUAUGUGAACAUUUGUUAUCUUGUCUUCAGGAAUGAGAACAUUUGACAAUGCUGUGUGAAGAGAAUGUUUUAUUGUGUGUAUUAUACCAUUUAUACCCAGAAAAUACAUUAUUGCAUUUUG